GUAGGAAGCCCGGAUAAAAGCCACCGAAGAGGGAUCGUCAAACUGGAGAGGUUACCGGAGUACCUCCGAGAUACGAUGGAGUGGUUUAUGGGGAAGGGACGAAGAAAGGACAAAGACUCGCCGACCCCCCCAACCCCAGAGGAAUCACGACAGUACUUGCAGGAAGACUUUGUGCGGGAGCGAGUUAUAGAAACGGACUUCAACAAGCUGGUCAGCUUACCAGCCCACCUGGAUUAUAAUGAAUGGUUGGCCACUCACACUAUAUCAUUUUUCAAUCACAUUAACCUGAUGUAUGGGGUUAUAUCGGAGUACUGUACAGCCUGUGGCUGCUCUUCCAUGACAGGACCGGGCAAUUUGCAAUAUUUGUGGUUUGAUGAGAAAGGGAAAAAGAACAAAUGUGCAGCUCCUCAGUAUGUGGACUAUGUCAUGUCAUUCAUUCAGAAAACAAUCAAUGAGGAAUCCACCUUCCCAACAAAGUAUGGAAAUGUCUUCCCCAACAGUUUUGAGCUGACAGUGAAGAAGAUUCAUCGCUACUUAUUCCAUGUGUUUGCACACCUCUACCAUGUCCACUACAGAGAGCUCAUCUUACUGGGCAUACACGGCCAUCUGAACAGCCUCUUCCAGCAUUUCAUGACAUUUAACGUGAAGUUUAACUUGCUAGAAGAGAAAGAGACUGAAGUUUUACAGGACUUAAUGAAAGCUUUAACCAAACCCAUGCCUGAUCGUAACCAGAAUGAGGAAAAUCCAUCAGAUGCCGACAAGACGCCAGCUACGACUGAGGAGACAGCUCCCCCUAUUGGGCAGACAGAGAACCUAGCUCAGGAGGCCUGCACGUAG